GUCAAAGUUGGUAUGCAAUUAUCGAUGACGACCAACAUGACUAGCGGUAUUCCUCAGGGUUCUGCGCUAAGCCCACUGCUAUUCCUCAUGUUCGAUCACGAUCCGCCACGGGAAAUCAACAACCCGUACUUCUUGUUCGCGGACAACUUCAAAGUGGCUGGAACGAACGUGUAUCAGGACCUGCAGGCUGUUAUACGGUGGUCCGAAAAGUGGGAUCUUCCGCUCAAUCUAGCUAAGUAUCAACUUCUAACAGCAGAAGCUGAACUUGACAUACAAGCAGUAUCUGUGGAACACAAUCCAUCUUGGUACAUACUCCUAGAAGUAUUGUGA